GUUCGGUUCAGUCGGCGCGUGAACGUGCAGCGUGCAGCGCGACGUGACGCCGGUUACGGGAUUCAGGGAGCUGAGGGAGCAGCUGCCGGCUGCCGCUCCUCGCGAGAGAGCCGAGUCUGCCGAGUGUCGGUCGUCGGUUGACGUUUCGCCCCGUGAGAAACCCGUUGCCGAGCCUGCGCGUGUGUGCGGUCGGUAUGCGGGCAGCCCCGUUGGCUGGCUGGCUGGCUGGUUAGUCGUGGUUAACUGGUUAGUCGGUUGGUUGGUCGGCUCGGCGGUACACCGAGACCGAGCACCGAGCUCACCGAGCACCUUCUCGGCCUCUCACGUGCGUGCCCGCGCGCACAUCGCGCAUUCCCCGUCCUCGUGCGUCGUGUGCGCGUGUGUGUGGUGGGUUUGAAAAUUUGAAAAGCGAGACGUGCGCGAGUGCAGCGAAUAGCCCGCACGGUGCAGGUGCCUUUUCAGUCGCGCGAGUCGCGGCCCGCGGGAAGAAAGGCGGCCGCCGUCGUCAGUCGAGGAAGGAUUUUUUUUAUCUUCUCACACGAAGGAGAGGAUUCACGUGGCGGGAGGAUUCGCGCGGUCGUCCUCUUCGUUUCUUCGCGGCCGUCGUCGGGAACAUCGGCGGUACAGCCUAGCGGAAUGUGGCACGAGAGGCACCGCCGGCACCAUCUCGGAAGCCAUGCCGGCUGACGAGCUCGUGCGUACCCGACGAGAAGACGGUGGUAGAAAACCGAGCUUGCAGCCGCCUUAACGUACUGAUUGACCGAUCGCAUCGUCGUUGAUAAAGAAAAAGAAGAAGACGAAGGAAAGAGGUCCCUCGCAGAUCGACCCGAUCAUGCCCUUAGCGAACCCGUUCCGCUGCCCGUUGUCGUCGCAUAGUUCCACGCUGUGAACCCGAUAUGUGAGAGAGUCGCCGCCGCCGUCUGGUGGAGGCCGUCGCCAUGGUGAAGCAACUGGUGUGCAGCAACUCGCUGAGUCCGGGAACGUAGCGCUCAAAUAAGCCUUGGUUUACGCAUAUUCCUUCUAGCUUUAAGGAACUACGUGCGGUCGAGGAACGAACGAGAGAUAUCUCCAACUUGAAAACCGGCAAACAACGUGCCUUUACAUAUUCACGUAGGAAUUACGAUAGAAAAGGUCCGAUAAAUUUAAGGAGCAAUUUAUUUUAUUACGAGGAUUUUAGAGUGACAAAGAUAAAAUUAUAAACUUGAAACUUUCGAAAUUGAUAAAUUGGAUAUUAAUUCGCGAUGGACGUAGUGUAGCUCGGAAGUUUAGAGAGAAAUUUAAUUGCGUGUGGAACAUUCAUGUAGUGUGAAGAGAGAAGUGACAUUCAACGCGAAGAAUCUAGAUUGAAGAGAAUUGAACUUAAUGUGUUGUGUGUUAUGUGCUAUGCGUUAUGUGUGAAGCUUGACAAUUAGUUUUAUAAAACGUUCAACGUGAUGAAGAAAGAAGUGACGUCCUCUGAUAUGACGAGUCUAGUCUGAGGAAGGUCAAAGUUAACAUCUACGUGCUAUGACACGGUGGAUUCGGUGCAAUUUAGUAUUCUCUUUCGUCACGAGGUCGCCAUGUGAGGAUCACCGUAUCAGAAGAAAAGAGAAGAAGCCUCACUCCGCGUGACACCAGCGUGUCGAGUAAUGCUGAAGCACAUUCUGACGGGGCAGCCGUCGUCAACGGGCUCGAGGCAUCAUCACAAUGAUUAUCAGACGAGCUCGGGCUCGUUGCACGGCGGGCACGUCCAUCAUCACUUGCACAACAGUUCGCUGCAUCAGGAUCAGCAGCAGCAGCAACAGCCACAGCCGCAGCAACAACAGUCACAGCAGCAGCAGCAACAUCAUCAUCAUCACCACUACACCGGAAGCGCUGGGACACGCGGCGGCGUUCCCGGGCAUCGCGGUAACAACGGCGGAGUCGACGUGUACGAUUCCGUGGCGAGACCGACGGCGGUGUCAAACGUGCACCAAUCGGCGACGACUCCCUCGUCGACGCACCGGCAUCCGCUGAACCAUUCUCAGCUGAGCGUAAACAACCUGUCGCAACGCCUGAAUCAUUCGCACGCGCUUAACGUGUCAACUCUAUCGACCUCCAAGCACUCGGUCAAUAGCGUUAGCCCGGUUGGCGGCGUCAAUGGCAACAACGGUGGCGGUAACAACAAUAAUAACAAUCAUAACGUCUCAGCGAGUCAGUUGGGCCAUACCGUGAUCUCGCAGACGAGCGUCCUGCAUCAGGACAGGCCGAAGGCGAAUGGCGGCUUCGACAUUUCCAGGUUGUCGCGAUUGCCGAGCCAGACCACGCCGUCACCCGCGCCUGCUACAACUGCGCUUCCUGUCGUGGCUGGCCAAGUGGCCAGUGGGCCGACGGUCAUACCCCUCAACGCUUCCUGGUCUUCAUCCCUGUCCAGAAAUCUCCAUCGGAGUGACGAGGCUGGCGUGAAGGAGAUGUUGACGAGCCUCGGAUUGCUCUGUCUGGUAUCCCUACUUCUAGCUCUGCUCUCGGUAAUCUUCUUGUUGAAGAUCUCGCCGCUCACGGUCACGUCCAACAGUCUUAUCAGCCCGGAGGAGUUUGUGAUCGUGUACGAGGUUACCCUGGCGCUGUGCGCCCUCGCCCUGUCCCUCAAUCUCUGUUGCCUGCUGGUCUGCGCCAUACAGUUCCUUUUCGCGGUGAAGCUCGUCAAAACCUCGUACCAGGGCCAUCGGAGUAACAAGUACCUGCAAAAAUCGUCCAUCAGCCGCGUGUGCGCCGUCGGAGGUUUUUUCAUUAGCAUCCCUGUCUUCUUAACUGGCAUGAUCCUGUACACGUUCAUCCAGUUCCAUUCGACACCGGCGAUCGUCACGUCGGUCUUCAUCGGCCUCGGCAUCGUGUUCUGCGGAUGCGCCAUGGUCCACAACGUCUUCGUAUGGCAGAAAGAGAAGACGAAUGCGGUAAAGGCGUUUGCCCGCGAGCAAUGCGAGGUCGCGGCGCAGCUGCAGCGUCAACAGCAGCAGUUGCAACUGCAGCACCAGCAGCAGCCGCAUCAGCAGGCACACUCGCAGCAUCAACAGCACCAGCAUCAUCAUCAGCAGCAGCAUCACCAUCAUCAUCAUCAGCAGCUGCAACUACGGCCAACGCUGCACAUGGGAUCGAAGAUCGGCAGCGGCAGUGGCGGCGCGAUGGGUCAUUCGACCGUCAGUCUGGCCCAACUUGGUCGCGGCCUCCACCAUUCUUAUCAGCAUCAUCCGCACCAGCACCAUUCUCAUCAGCAGCGGCACGUGUCCUCCAUGUCGCCGCCGUUAUUACUGUCGUCGCCGAAUGCCGCAGCGCAGCACAAUCACCUGACGCAUCGCGGCGGUAUUGCCGCCGCUGCUGUUGCUGCCGCUGCUGCCGCUGUCGCCGUCACCGCCACACCACCAACGACGCCCGGCGAUCGGUCGCCGCCGAGUCCCAACGGUGGCGGCGGCGGCAGCGGCAAGCUCAACAGGUCGCAGCACUUGCCGCGUGAGACCAGCGGCAGCGUGAGCCCCGGCCUGCCGGCGGCCACGCUCGAUCUGAGUAGUGCCGCUACCACCAACAGUCCGCACGAAUUGUCGACUCUCGUUUAGGCAUCUUAAGGGAAAAACCGAGGAAAGGAUCCGAGGAUCUAUUCGGACACGUAUUCUUUGAACAACGAAAGAGAUUAUCUCCCGGAUCGUCUUAAGUCAAUAUUUAUGAGAAAUAGAUCUAAAAUUAUUUAGAAACAAAUUCUUCAAUAGUUAUUGUCUAAAAGAAGGGACCAAAAAUUGUUAAGGCUGCUUAUCUCACGUUGUUAUUACCACGUUGUGUCAUGUUGUAUCGUUAUCGGCAUGUUGUCGCAUUAUUAACGUUAUUAUCAUCAUUGCGACAUCAUCAUUUACAAGGGAAGGUUCAAAACUCCAUUGAUUUCGAUGAAAUUUGGCAGAACUUACAGAGAAAGUUCCCCCGAAUGUAAUGAUACUCCUAUUUGGGCGCAGACGGUCAACCGUUUCCGAGAUAUUUUAAUAAUAAAUGUAGUAGCGUCUUCAGAGUAGAGUUUAUUAGAACACUUACAUACGAGUAUUAGUGGCGUAGUGGAUAUGGGUGGUAACUACUUCAUAAUUUUUUUCGAGUUUAAACCCCCCAAUCAA